AUGACGAGCUUCUUCAGAGCCCUGCGUGAUACAAAGGAGCCGGAUGGAGAUGGACAGAAAGUCCUCAAGGUCCCAGUCGAGCAGCCAGAGCUUCUGGACAAGCUGCAGCUCAGCAGACGCCAUGGAGCGACAGAGUUGAACUUCCUGCUGCGGGCGGAGUAUGAGCAGCUUAUUGAGCAGAUGCAGGCCUGCGCAAAGCGUGGUGCAAUCAUCGUCGGCACGAGUGGUAUUGGCAAGAGCGCGUUCAGAUUCUAUGUCAUGCGGCAAUGGCUGAACAAUCAUCCGAAGCUGCCGAAAGCAAGGUUUCCGAAGGUGAUUUUUAACCUUGGAGAUGCUUUCUAUGAAAUGGAUGACAGUUGUGCUGUCCAUGAACUGCGAGAAGUGCGAAGCUUGGCGAAGCUCCCUGCCGACAGACUGGCGCUGCUUGACCCCUGUGUGCAGAUUGCAGGCUUGGACAAGAGCCUUCAUUUUAAAUUCAUGCUCGUGACGACCUCUGCUUCACCGCUGUCGGGACAGGAGACAAAGGUUGGCAACUACAAGCAACUCAUCAAGGCGUUUGUGGAACAUCAGCUUGGACGCAUUCUGGUCAUGCACAUGUGGAGCUACGAGGAAAUCAAGGCUGUGGCGCCCGACGCCAGUGAUGAGCUCAUUCGGAAUUUUGGAUGCGUGCCUGGCUGGUGUUUCCGUAAUGAUUUGGCGGAAGAGAGCAGUAUGAGGCUGGCGUCGGAGGGCAUUCUCGAGAACCACCAGCUUCCAGGUCUCCAUGAGUUCUUCUGCUCAGCAUGCUCUGCCGUCAAGUUGCUUCGGGAUAAGCGUUUGCCCUACAAAGUUAUGAAGGUAGAUGGUGACGGCGCUGACAACAGCUGGGGGACAAAGAGCUUCAUCUCGAGCUUUGUCGCGCGGUUCUUCCUCGAGAAGGCGCGGGAUGCAAACCUCAACAAGCAUGCCAAGAUUGCGUCCAUGAUGAAGAACCCAUUUUCCAUGCAAGGCUUUGGGCACAUGUUCGAGGAGUGGGCGUACAAACAGUUGGCGCAAGGCAACCUUUGCGACUUGAGCGAGUCGGAGAUCAAGGGCUCGUUCGCGAAGCCUGGCAGUUUUGAGCGGAGCGAUGUGAAAAACCAGACUUCGAUGAAGCCCAAACUUGAGGUUGGAAGUCUGCUCAAGGCUCCUGUCCACUACGGGUCGAUUGACAUGGUCGGAGUAGUUCAGUCGGAGGACGGUUACCAGUUACUCAUGUUUCAGCAAACUGUCGGCAAACAGCACAGGGCUGCUCAAUGGGGCGAUGUUCAGAACAUCGUCGGCGCUUUCAAGGCGAAGUGCAAAUCAGACAAGAAAGAAUUUCAAUGUUUGCUUAUCUAUCUAGUUCCGCGGGACAGUUUUGAGAGCUUUGUCUGCCGAAAGUGUCCAUCGUUGGAUAGCAAGAACGUCUCCGUCUUGAAGGGACGGUUGAAUGUUGACAUGCCAGAUGCCCUCACCCAUCUCAAAACAUGGGAACAGGCUCUCACG